CCUAAUAAUAAUAAUAAUAAUAAAAACUCUAAAGAAAUCGGUUUCUAACAACUUGCUAUCAUUUUGUCAAGUAAUUGUGUCUUCUCAAUGUUAUACCUUCAGGCAUGAAAGCUGUGCGGUUCUGGUUUGGUGAAGCGAACGAUCAUACAGGCAUAGUUCCCUUGGCCAUCUUGCUGAGACACACUCUGGAUAGUAGCAGGGAGAUUGUUUUAGUAUGCAGGAUGUGCUUUGUUAUGUCAGGUCGAAUGCUUAUUGACUUCGAAUCUUUGUCGCCAAGUAUCCCUCUGGAGGAGGAACACUGCCUUGAUGUAAAGAUGUCAUCAGACAAGAUCUGGAUUUUAAAAGACACGGGUUUGGAAUAUCAUAAUAUAUCUACUGAUAUUGAUCUGAACGAAGCUCCCAGCUGUUGCUUGCAAGAAGAUCCUGUUGCUGAGCCGCUAUUCCAAAGUGCCUCUGCAGAUCUCCGUCGGAAUAUUCGUUCUGUGUUUUCUUCUGCAAAUGUAUACUUGCAAAACCUGCAGCAGCUGACUUUCCACGGAAUUGGGCGGACACUUAUUCGACGGAUUUAUGCUGCUUGUCUGAUUAAUGAUCGGAACAAGCUUGAGCGGCUUUCUUUGCUGUCAUCGGUUUGCCGUUUUAGCCAGGGGAAUCAAGCUGAUCUUGUGUAGGAGAGUUUAGAGGUGUUUGCAUGGUAGAAACUCUGUUAUUUCUGGCCAUCUGUAUACGUAGGGUUUCUUCUCUUCUACUUUAUGUUACUCUCAACACCUCUGGUGUAUUGUUCUUCCUAUAAAACUCACUUUAAUAAAAUAAAAUGAAAGGUGUACAUGCAAUCAAACUUUGCAUGAGAAUUCAUAUCCAUCACUCGGUGCAUUUUACAUUUCAUGCUUUGCAACUUUCUAUCAAAUUUGAUGCUUGCAACACUCGGAGCAAACCAAACAACUCCUCAGUAAGGUUCGAUAGGUGAAAAGCCCCCCAGACAAACGUUUUCCCCUUCUCUCUCUAAAAUUUCAAUUUCAAAAUUACUCUCUUCCCCCUCUCUUCCGCACCUCCACUUUCUGCCCCCUAGGGUUGCCACCGGCACCUUUUGGUGACCGGCGGUAGCCCAAAGAUUUACCCAUUUUUUAUUUCCCUUCCCAUCCUCGGUAGGGUUGCAAAUGAGCCAAAGAUUUACCCAUUUUUUAUUUCCCUUCCCAUCCUCGGUAGGGCUGCAAAUGAGCCGAGUCGAGUUUUACCCCAGCUUGAGCUCGGCUCGUUAAUAAACGAGUCGAGCUCGAGCUCCGCUCAUUUAUUAACGAGCUGAGUCGAGUCGAGCUCGAGUUAGCUUGUUUAUUAAAAUCUUAACUUUUAUUUGAAACUUCAUUUUGUAUAUCAUAAUACAUAUGAUUUAUUUUGUUAGCUAAUCUCAUAUUAUACUUUGUUGGUAUCACAUAUCAUUUAGUUUAUAAAUUUUAACUACUCCAAAUCAUGUUAUUUCAUAGUAUCGAAUCAAUAUAUGAUGCAUAAUUUCUUUUUAAAGUAGAAAAUAAGAUAUAUUGCUCACAAACUCAACGGGUUAAACUUUAUAUAUGGUGAGAUAUAUAAUUCAACAACCGUAUGAAUUAAAAUCAUAAGAUAUAGAUUGAUUCGUCCAUAAGUUGGUAAUCGAGUUGGCUCUCUAGCCACAUGUCAAGACAUAUCAUGAGCUCUAAACGAGCCAGCUCACGAGUUUAGCUCAACAAGCCACCGAGUCGAGCUAGCUCGCGAGCUUCACGAGCUGAACAAAGGUGAGCUCGUGUU